AUGUCCGGCAUCGCUCUGGAAAACCAGCGCGAAGUGCGCUCGAUCGUGACCCGUAACCAAAACGGCGCGCUCGUGAACGCGAGAGAUAUCGCGCAAAAAUUUACGGACGUGUUUGAAUGCGAAAUCGGUGCGAUCGUCACCGCGCUCGUCAAAGAAGGAAACGACGAGGAACUGAAGAGCGUAGAAAACGCAAUCGUCCGGGACGGUGGGAAACUCGUGCUGGAAGCGAAGACGUACGAAAUGGCGAUGAGCGAUUUAGAGCGAGGGUACGCGGGAGUCGCGAACGAGCAGUACCCGUUCGAGGAGAAGACGAGAGAUUUAAUCCAACGAAACCGGAACCGAGUUGCGAACGCGCCCGAGGCGAAAGUGAUGGAGGAAAAAUUUAAAAAAAUGGUCGCGAACGCCAAAGGCGAGGAUAACGGGGAAGGGUUUAUCAUCACGGACGAACACGGGAACGUCGGUGGAAGCGGUGGAAGUGGUGCUAUUUUGAACGCGAAAUGUCCAAUCACUGGCCUUCCGUUGAAAGAUUUAAUAGAGCCGGUGGAGGACGCGGUUGGUAUAGUGUACGAGAAGCAAGCGGUGUUGACGUUUUUAGGGAGAGAAGGUAAGAAGAAGUGUCCGGAAGCGAUGAGGAAUCACGUGGUCACGAAAGAGGAGUUGAAGGUGAGCGAGAAAGUGAUGAGGAUGAAACGGAUGGGGGAGAGAACGAGAGAGGCGAACGUGGAUGAGAUUAUCAGUCCGUAA